GACCCGGCGCGGUGGGUUAUAAAGACACACUCCUAGAGCCCCGCAGUCACAGCUCAGCUCCUCUGCGAGACGAGGCCGAGGAAGAAGGAGCCAGUCUGUGUGUCUGGAAGUCAAGGUUUGGGAGUCAUGGGUGGCAGCGUGUCCGUGACGAACAACACGCCUUACCCCUGGUCCUACUGCUACUCCUACAUGGGCAGCACCAGCAGCAUCAAGGGGAGUGGCACGCUCUAUGGCUUCCAGAGCAGAACCCACGAGCAGAGAGAGAUCCUCAGCUACCUCUACGUGAAGUAUGGCUCCUGCAGCGCGAGCGAGUGCCUGAGCUCCUGCGACAUGGUGCGCUUCUACAAUGGCAUCGACAGGCCCACCUUCACCAUCCAGGAGUGCCACAGCCGCACGCGGGCGGAGCUGGUGUGCGACAGGGGCGGCGACAGGCCCUCGUGCGAGAACAGGGUUACGGAUUUUCUGUUGCUUUCACAGCUCAGGGAAGUUGAGGAAAAAUUCAACAACCUCCUUUUUAAGUAUGAAAUUAAAGAAGACCAGAGCCUGCUGUCUUCAACAAUUGAAGAUCGGAUGAAAAACCUACAAAAUCACCUUACAGCCCAGUUCUGCGAAGAGCACGACUUAACGGUUUGGUCUCAGUUUACAUUUGACAGUGCCAUCAACUAUGAACAACUCUCCCUGACAGAGAAGUUCGGCGUUCUCGAAGGAAUAGUCCAGUUAGCUCUUGAAGACGCUCCAGAUACUCUGACCAAACUGCAGAGCCAAGCCAACUGUGAUGAGAAAUAUGGGUUUCUCCUGCAUCUCCUCACUAAAAUUUACACAACAAAUGCAACUUUAGCAGGACACCUACUGCUGAGUGUUCUUGAUGUGUUUGCUGAGCUUUCAAAUGCAUGCAAGGAGCUCCUGUGCCAGAUAUUGUUCAACAAACUCUGGACGCCUGUGGAAAUAGUCUUCUUCAUUCGUGGAGCCCUUCACCUCCCUCAGGAGCAAAUGGAAUCGGUUCUUCACACAGUUCAGACAUACGGCUUUGACAUGCUUACUGCUUUCCUUGCCCUUAAAAAUGAAGAACCUGUGGAGGUUCUGCAACAAUCCGCUAAACUGGAAGAGGACAAAGACCUAGAAACCGUUCUGAAUGAAAUGCGCGCAAACCACUAUCCAGAGGAAACUCUUUCCAUCAUCGAGGAUGUUUUACGCAAAGUGAGAGACGAGCUUCCAAAAUUCAAAUUUGUUGACCUCGAUGAUGAGAUGAUCAAAGAUGGCAUCAGCAUGAUACAGUCCCUGGACUGGAUCAAUCCCGACCAGGAAGUCCUCACCAAGGUCUUGAUCGGGCUGUGCAUUGGCGUCCAGGACUGCUCAACUAUCAUGAAACCCGAUAAGAAAAUUGAAGGCUAUUUUCCCAGGACCACUCAGCUGGCCGCGUUGCUAAUGUUCCUUCUUUCGGGAAGGUCCCCGGACACCCCCGGAUGUCUUCUUGAGAUCGGCACCGGGGAAGGCAAGUCGUGCAUCCUGGCCAUGUUUGCCACAAUCCAGGCGAUCCGGGGGACAAAGGUCGACAUCGUGACGAGUUCUCCCGUGCUCGCCCGUCGUGACCAACAAGAAUGGAGCAAGCUCUUCAAAAUGUUUGGCCUUUGUUCCUCAGUGGUUCCUCCACCAAACCUGAACUCCUGUAAGGACGCCAAAAAACGAGACGAAAGUGUAAGAGAAGCCUACGAUAAAAACAUCGUUUAUGGAACUGUAGGGAAUUUUGCUGCAGAUGUCCUAAAACAAGAGUUUGAAAAGACCAGAACCCGUGGGGACCGAGGAUAUGACCUGGUUAUCGUCGAUGAGGUGGACUACAUGACCCUAGACAACGGCGUCCAGGUGACAUUCCUUUCCCAUGAAGCAAGUGGCCUGCGACACCUCGAGCAAGUCCUGGCUGGCCUCUGGUCGAUGAUCUGUACGUUCCAGCCCGUGGAAGUGGAGGAGACGGGAGAGAUUCUGUGGGCGAGGAUCCAGCUCUUCCAUGAGGCCGCCUUCGCCGCGGUGAUGGGCUCAGAAGGAAAGGAGAACUUCUCCCCCAUCGACAUUUUAAAACCUGCUUUGCAGUUAGGCUUUUUCACAGAGGAAGACGUAGAAAGAAUACAGGCGGUCAAGACUGAGGCAGGACAGGAGAAUGCGCCAGUGGAACUUGAAGACCAGAGCUGGAAGAUUCUUCAGGUCAUCAUGAGCAAAAUCGGAGUUGCCGAACAGCGCGACUUACUGACGGUGUUCGAGGAGGUGCUGGAAAGCACUCUCGCCUUCCAGUGCUACUCCCUCACACAUGGCAAAGCAGUGAGGUAUGGUGAGCACAAUCCAAACCGUGAGGCUAACGUCAGGAUGCUCCUUCUGGAAAACGGGCGCGCGUGUGAACUGGUGCCCCAGCAACAGAUCAUCAACACUACCGUUCCCAAUUUAAAUUCAAGAAUUAAAUACACUGAUAACAUUAAAAACCCGGACCAAAUUCCAAAAGACACCAUUGUCCUCCCUCUCUUCCUGAGGGACUAUGUCAAGAAGAGAUUAGCAGUCUUCGUGGAGAAUGGACUCAGAGCCAUCACGAUGACACAAGACCGUGAAUACAUGAUUCACUACGCAUCUGCAGAUGCAGAAUCAGUCACAGAAUCCGGAAAAUCCGAGAAGCACCAGUACCAGGCCAUCAUACCUGUAGACUUCAAGGCCAGUGGUGUCCUGGAGAAGAACAAGCGAUGGGGAGACGGGCUGCAGCAGUUCCUGGAAAUGAAGCACCAGCUGGCAGUGACGCCACUGUCAAAUGUCACGAACUAUCUCUCCAACUUUCAUUACUUUCAGAAAUAUCUCACGGGGAAAGGCAUAUUCGGCGUCACUGGAACUCUAGGGGGCGAAGCGGACGUUGAGUUUCUAGAACAUCACUAUAAAGCGAGAAGCUACGUGAUCCCAGCUCACAGGCGGAAGAAGGUUGUGGAGCUGCCGGCAGUCCAGGUGAGCGGAGGUCAGGACCAGUGGAUACAGACGAUCUGCGAGCGCGUCCGGACGGUCACAGGACGGGGCCAGGUCGCCCUGGUGAUCUGCGAAGACGUGAGGACGGCAGAGGAGCUCCAGCAGAAGAUGACAGCCCCAGGAGCCUGCGUUCAGAGCCAGGUCAUCAUGUACACGAUCAGCGGAAAGCACAAGGUGGAGAAGAACAAGUUUAAAGGGGGGAAGGUCAUCAUCGCGACAAAUCUCGGAGGAAGGGGGACGGACAUAAAAGUGAACAAAGAAGUCAACAGAAGAGGAGGCCUCUGCGUCUUCCUGACGCACUUUCCCGGCAGCCGGCGUGUGGAGAAGCAGGUGUUCGGCCGCACUGCCCGGAAGGGGAACCCGGGCAUGGUGCAGAUGGUCCUGAACCGUGAAGCCCUGGCGCCGGCCUACCGGGGCCAGCCGAUCGAAGCCAUGAGGCGCCUGAGGGAGGACUACGAAGUCAGGCGCAUAGCCGACAUGGAGAACGACGAGCUGUUGGAGAUCCGGAUGAGGGCGGAGCUUUUCACCUGCUUUUGCGAGAAGCUCCGUGAUUUCGAGGGCAACUACCCUGAAGAACAGAGGAAGAGUCCCCUUGAAGUGAAGGAUCUGAAAUAUUUUGAGGGCCCCGUGGAGAAAUUCGAUUACCUCCCUGCCCUCAACGCCCUGAAGGAGUCCUGGGCGCUUUGGCUCCUCCUGCACGAACAGAAAAUAAACCAGCACCUGGACGUCGGCGUCUUGAGGUCAGACCUCUGCAGCAUGCUCCAGCACACGGCCGAGCACCUCCUGAGGGGCAGCAGCACGAACUUCUACGAUCACAUCAAACAGGCAGUGAGCAGAAUGGACCUGCACUCGAGGAAGAAAAGUCACGACUACGGUGCUCUAUCCUGCUGGCAAAGAGCGAUAGAGGCUGAAGGAGCAUACAGAGCCGUGUCACUGUACAACCAGGCUUAUAUUACAAUCAAUAUGCAGAAAGAUGGCUACAAAGGAAAAGCAAUAGACCUCCUGAAUGAAGCAAAAAAAGCUGUUGACAUCUACGUGCUGGAAACCACCAACACGGUGGCCUCUUGCAAUAUCUCCUGCGCAGCGAAGUUCAAGCCCCAUCGCACAGGAGGCACCAAUUUCCAAGGACAGAUGGAGGCGCGGUUAAGCUUAAUGAAAAACUGGAAGGAGUACAUAACAAAGGCCACGGAGAAGCUGAAGAGCCUGCAAGAGAGCAAGGAUGAUGCAAUAGCAGAAGAGGCCUCUGUGUACUCUCUCUCGGGAAUGAAGAGCUACAUUGUGAUGACGGAGCUCAUGGCUCUUUACGAGUACGGCCUCUGUAUCGUUUUCGAGGUCAAGAAAAAGCCCAGGUUUUGCAUCGACGCGCUCAUCUGCGCCCUGCUCGGAGUGUGCCAGAUAUUUCUGGGGGCUCUGGUCUGUGUCUUGUCCUUUGGGACAGCGAGCCAGGUGGGGCUGGGGAUCAUUUCAGAGGGGGUGUCGGACCUGAUCCAGGGGGUCCAAGGGAUGAUCGAAGGUAAGUUCGAUUGGAAAGAAUGGGCAAUUUCCAAAUCCAUCAGUCUUGGGAUUUCGUUAGUCACAGCCGGAUUCAGCACGAUCAAGAAUAUUGUGUCCUCCGUGUACAAAACCACCAGAGCGCUUGUGACAGGAGCGAAAUCUUUUUCAUCCGUGUUUGAUGACAUCUUUCGCGCGGGAAAAAGCACUUUUUCGGCGCUGAAGGGAAACGCCAAAACAGCGUUUUCGGCUCUGUCCACAGAAAUGCUGGAGAAUUCAUGGAAGAACGUCUCCUCACAUUCAGUCACCACCAGCGUCAAGCAUGUGGCCAAGUACACUGUUCAGGAAAUAGCAAAACAGGGAGUCAUCACUGCCUUGGACUACGCCAUUGAUCAAGGUCUAAACGAAAUCUUUCAGAAAAUCCUAUCAGAUGCCUUCAAGGAUUCAGUAACCUCUAAUGUGAAAAGUAAUGAACAUCUGCGUCAGUAUCUCACUAAAUUCAUUGUCACGAAUGGCGUCCCAAGCGGCACCUCACUGAGUGAUCCCAACGCUGCCAAAAUCCCAGAUCAGCUCCAAAAAACUAUGAAGCACUUGCUUUCAGACUGCUUGCUCUCGACCUUUGAUGACCCCAAAUAUACCAGCGAGCUCAAAGGGGUCCUCAAACAGGUCUCAGAAGUGCAAGACAAAAUCACGGAUCUGAUGAAGAAAGCCGGAGUCUCAGGUGCCUUACAAAAGACCUUCAAGAUGAGUAUGAAAAUUCAGCAAUUUUCUUCAGAUUUCAUUCAAAUGUUAAAAAGCAUUCCCACCGAAUCAAUGAUCAACAAAUUUGUGGGAAGAUUUAUUAAUAACAUGGAGGACAGCCUGGAACCAGAGAAACAAUGUCGUGAUCACAAGAUGGAGGAAAUGGCAGGACUUCGAGAUGUUGGUCAGCUCCAGGAGGAAUUUCUCGGUUUUAUAUCGGAGCAAAUGUCAGAUGAAUUUCUACAAACCUGCAUCGGUCACCUGACAUCCAUGGUGACGAGUACCUUCCAGAAAAAACUAAACAGGACUGUGGGGACUGCCACCAGCAACCUUCUCGGGAGGCACCAAACCCAGCGCUUCUUUGACGAGCAGGAGCACCCCCGGGACACGAGAAGGCCGGGCCUGUCUGAGGCCGACCGGCGGGAGCUCGCGGCGUACGCGGAGAGGAUCAGCGACGUCCGCCGGCCGGCCACCGCCCUGGACGUCCGGGUCCUGACCUCCGGCGACAUCAUCGGCGGCAGAGGCGUCCGGAUCGUCGUGGUGGACGAGGAGGGGAAGCAGAGGUCCGUGGAGCACUUCCGCGGGCGGGACGGCACCGCCGGGGACAUCACGCUGAGGCUGACGAGGGCGCCGCCGCAGGAGGAAAGUGGGAGGGGGCCGCUUGCCGCGCUCGGAGAUGGGAUCCGGGGAGGAGAGGCCCCUUACCGCGGUCACUUCGACCUCGUGGGCCCAGACGGCGCCGUCGUCCCGGUGAAGUCGGAGGACCGGAACGGCUUCUAUCAUGCCAUCGCUCAGGCCACCACGGGCCAGCAGGGCGACGAGGCCCGGACAGCGGCAGAGACCCUCAGGACCGCGGUCAGAGACGAGGUAGAGUGUGCACUUUGUGUCUGUCCUCACCUCUCCCUCCUCGGUUUGGAUUUUGGGUGACAGAUUUAGAUUCUGCUUUGGCUGUUCCUGUGGGUGGGAACACAACAGGUAUUUAACCAGCGCUAAAUGAACAGACCCUCACUGCCAAGGGCCCCUCGGAGACCCACUUUCCCAGCUUGUUUCAGGGUGAAACCCAGGAUCCGAGCCCACAAGCCGCAGACCCGGCGACACGGCCAGUGGUUAUUUCCUCAGGUCAUCAGCUGAUACAGCACCU